UACAUUCUACUUCUUCUUCUUCUUCUUCUUCUUCUCUUUCCUGUGCCAAUUCACAGCCACCUUUUCCGCUUUCCCACCUAUCUUGUCCAUUCACUCUCCACACAUAGCCAUCAUCCAGCACCAUGGCUGAGUCUCAGCGCCGCCCCCGUGUCUUCUUUGACAUUCAGAUCGGUGAACAGAAGGCCGGUCGCAUUGCUCUCGAGCUGUUCAACGAUGUUGUUCCCAAGACCGCAGAGAACUUCCGUGCACUCUCCACAGGCGAAAAGGGCGUGGGCAAGCAGGGCAAGCCAUUGAGCUUCAAGGGUUCCAUCUUCCACCGUGUGAUCAAGCAGUUCAUGAUCCAGGGUGGUGACUUCACUGCAUUCAACGGCACUGGCGGCGAAUCCAUCUACGGCGAGAAGUUCCCCGACGAGAACUUCGACCUCAAGCAUGACCGGCCUUUCCUCCUCUCCAUGGCCAACUCCGGCCCCGGCACCAACGGCAGUCAGUUCUUCAUCACCACUGUCCCCACUCCUCACCUUGACGGCAAGCACGUCGUCUUCGGCGAGGUAAUCAACGGAAAGAGCGUUGUUCGCAAGAUCGAGAACAUGUCUACCCAGGCAGACAAGCCCACCACGGACGUCACCAUUGUCGACUGCGGCGAGCUCACCGGCCAAGACUACGAGGAUGCCGACAAGCAGACCCCUGAUGCAACUGGCGACCCCUACGAGGAUUUCCCCGAUGACCACCAGGGCGAGCAGCUGAGUGCUCCGGUGUGCUACAAGAUCGCCGCUGAGUUGAAGAACUUCGGAAACGCCGCCUUUAAGAGCGGCAACAUCGCCCUUGGUCUCGAAAAGUACCAGAAGGGUUUGCGCUACCUCAACGAGUUCCCCGAGCCCGACGAGCAGGACCCUAAGGAGCUUGGCCCCCAGAUGAAGGCUCUCCGCUUCACCCUCCACUCCAACUCUUCCCUCCUGGCGAACAAGCUCGGCCAAUUCAAGAACGCUCAGACUUGGGCUACUUACGCCCUCGAUGUGGCUGCUGCCGCCGAGGCCAAGGAUGCCGAUAAGGCCAAGGCGUAUUACCGCCGUGCCGUUGCCCUGAGCGGCCUGAAGGAGGAGGACGAGGCCCUGAAGGACCUCCAAGAGGCCGAUCGUCUGGCCCCCGGCGAUGCUGGUAUUACCAACGAAAUCGCCAAGGUGAAGAAGGCUCUUAAGGAUCGCGUGGCUAAGGAGCGCGCUGCCGCUCAGAAAUUCUUCUCGUGAGAGACGAGACGUGCCCGUCCGUCAUGAUUCAUGAAUUCAUGAUUUAGCAUUACUUCUGCUACUUGCACUUCCAGAAAAGUGACGCAAUCUACCUUCCCAUCUCACCCACUUAGUCUAAUGGUUCCGUCCCCACUCCCAAAUCUCGCAAUCGCCGCGUGUGUGCAAACACAUUCCUCCUCAAUGUCGGCCCCGCGAAGUCAGUAGCUCGUGGCUUUCACGCAUGCAUAAGCCUCGUUGAUGCUUCCAUAUUUGCCUACGGAGCAGCAUGGGUAUUCAACAGCCCUUGCG